CGUCAUGUUCAUCAUUACCCGAAAAUACAAAUUACGGAUCAAAAGACUGAAGACUUUAUAUUCCUUCGUCUCUUACACGAAAAAUUCACGAAAGAAAACAAGAAAAACUCCAAUGGAUUAUUCUUCUUCGUUAUCUUCUCUGAGCUUUCAUUUCAAUAGCUUCAGAGCUUCAGCGAACUCGUUCCUCUCACAAUACGAACCUCUUCUUCUGCUUCUCGCUCCUCUCUUCUCUCUCAUCCUCGCACACUUGCUUCGCUCAUUUUUCAAUCUCAUCCAUGAAAGAGGCCUCAAAGCUUCGCUCCUAGGGUUUCUUAUGAGCUCUGUCAAAUUGAUCCCUGGAGUGAAGAGUUACAUUGAUAGAGAAAAGCAGAAGGUUGUGGAUAAAAUGCAGUCUGAUGGUAAAUCUAAAAGAGAAGGUUGGAGAACAGAGUUGCCAAGCACAGGACUAGGCACUUUAGUACUUGAGAAAAUGAAAGAGGAGAAAAGAAAAGAUGUGGCUUGGCAAGGCAAAUGCUCUGGUACAGUCUACAUUGGUGGAAGUGAAAUUGAUGGACAUUUUUCUCUGAUAAAUGAAGCAUGCUCAAUGUUUGCACAUACCAAUCCCUUGCAUUUGGAUGUAUUCCAGAGUGUUGGACGCUUUGAGGCAGAAGUGGUUGCAAUGACUGCAGCACUUCUUGGAAGUCAGGAAAAAAGUUCUGGAGGACAAGUAUGUGGCAAUAUGACAUCAGGAGGGACUGAAAGUAUAUUAUUAGCAGUCAAAUCAUCUCGUGAUUAUAUGAAAUCUAAGAAAGGAAUUACAAGACCUGAAAUGAUAAUUCCUGUGUCUGCACACUCAGCAUAUGACAAGGCUGCACAGUAUUUCAAUAUCAAACUAUGGCGUGUUCCAGUUAACAAAGACUUCCAAGCGGAUGUAAAAGCAAUUCGACGCCAUAUUAACAAAAAUACCAUCUUGAUUGUUGGAUCUGCUCCAGGGUUUCCUCAUGGGAUAAUUGACCCCAUUGAAGAACUUGGUCAAUUGGCAUCAAGCUUUGGUAUUUGUCUCCAUGUAGACCUUUGCCUGGGUGGCUUUGUAUUGCCUUUUGCCCGUGAGCUUGGGUACCCUAUACCACCUUUUGAUUUUUCUGUUAAAGGAGUAUCUUCAAUAUCAGUGGACGUGCAUAAAUAUGGUUUAGCUCCCAAAGGAACAAGUAUAGUCCUGUAUAGAGACCAUGAAAUCAGAAAGCAUCAAUUUGUUGCUGUUACCGAGUGGAGUGGUGGGUUGUAUGUGUCUCCAACCAUAGCUGGAAGCAGGCCUGGGGGACUAAUUGCAGGGGCAUGGGCAGCAAUGAUAUCUCUAGGGAAAGAAGGUUACUUGGAAAACACGAAAACAAUUAUGGAAGCAACAAAAAGAAUACAGAAAGGCAUAGAAGAAAUUUCUGAGUUGUAUGUUGUUGGAAGACCUGACAUGACCAUUGUGGCUUUUGGAUCUAAUGUCCUGGACAUAUUUGAAGUCAAUGAUUUGAUGACAUCCAAAGGGUGGCAUUUGAAUGCUUUGCAGAGACCCAACAGCAUCCAUAUCUGCGUGACACUGCAGCAUGUGCCAGUUGUUGAAGACUUCCUCACUGAUUUGAAGGAAUCCGUUAAUACUGUGAAGGAAAAUCCUGGUCCUAUAAGUGGAGGCCUAGCACCGAUAUAUGGUGCCGCAGGGAAGAUGCCAGAUAGAGGCAUGGUCCAGGACUUGCUGGUGGAUUAUAUGGACGGUACCUGCUAGUGGCUCUCAUCAAAUACUAAGAUAUCCUUUACCAGAUUUUUCUGACAACAUGUACUGUAAUUGAUACUUUUCAAAUGAUAUUCCAUUAUACUCUGCAUUCUUUCAUGCUUUGGGGACUCGAAUGGUAAACAAUAAAGCCAAUUUCUGUUUAUUGUUUUGGGUU